AGAAACUUUAUUCACUAAGUUUAACCUAAAGUCACUAAGAAUCUAAAAUAAAAUGUUUCAACUACAAUAAAACAACUGAUAAAUUAAAAAAUUAUUUUGAAGUAGGUAGUUUUCAAGAAAGAUGGAAAAGAUUUUACUCAGGCUAGAAGAAAGACGAGCGAUUUAUGAGUCUCUUAAGGACAGGGCUAAGAAAAUAAAAGAAAAGCAGAAAGUGGGACUUCCUCAGGGGAUUUCUGAUUUCAAUGUCGGAGGUUACCACCAAGUCUUGGAAGAUGACACCUCCGAAGAGGAGUUUGUACCAGAGACGGCCCACUUCCGUCCUGAGUACUCCGACGAACAGAAAGACAUCUUCAUGGAGGUACGUGGCAAGGUGGAUGUGUCUAUGGAAAACAGAAGGCAGGUCUGGCUGCCGAGGGAUUUCUGCGAAGACUAUUUCGAAGACAGGCUGUCAUAUUUUUCCGAAAAGGCGGCACAAAUUCAAAAUAUAAAGACAAAAUUAAUGAGCCAAUUCUAUCUACCCCAUGCGGGUAAGUACCGUGUCAGUGGGGGCCUUUUUCUAGACAGGUUCUACGAACCACAUACAAUGUUGGGUGUUUCGUGUCUGGCCAUGACUUCUGAUGUCGGAUACAUAGCAAGAGGUCAUGGCAAUGGGAUCGUCAAGAUUUGGAACGUAGGCGCCGAUACUCAAGUAACAAUGGAACCUUAUGAGGAUUGUUCGAGAAUCACGAGGAUUAAAUUUAUAGAACAGCCUGAAACGGCAUCAUUAUUUGCCGUUUCAAGAGCAGGCAAUAUAUAUUAUUGCAGUCAGAAUGUAAAAGGAUGGGAAUGCGAUUUAUUCACUACAGAAAAGGAUAAUGAGAUCGAAGCGCUGGAUAUCGGGCACAGAAAUAAAAGAAUCAUAACUGCUGGAAGUGAUGCGACAAUACGUAUUUACAAUGUGGACACAAGAAAGAUCGAAAAAUCUUACGACAGCUACAAACACAGCAUUAUCAACCAAUACUUGAAAAGUUUCAAAGCAAAAUUGCUUGAAGACGAAGGCCACUAUUUGAGACUGUACGCUGUCAAGUUCAUGGACGAAAACAGUAAUGUGUUUUUUACAGGUGGACUGGAUGGAACUGUAAAGGUUUGGGAUUUAAGGACAGCAUUGGCCGUCGAGAACCUCGUCGGACCGUUAAUCUGUGGAGAUACCAUUGACUGCUAUGGGAACAAGUUACUCUGCGGCCAGUGGACGUCUGAAGACAGUUUGUUGUGUUACGACAUCCGUACUUUUCGUCCAAUGAGAAUAUCUCCGACAAAUCGCGUGCUCGGGAGCAGAGGGGAGUACCCGUACUGCUGCAAAUUUCUCCGCGAUUAUGAACACACGUUUGUACGCGGUAUUGACGGCGACCUUGUGAUGUGUGGAGGUUGCCGGAGUUUGGAGAUAAUAAGCUUAUCGGAAAAAGUUGUGGUGUGGGCGUUGCCUGAUGACGGUAACGUCGUUUCUGUCGACAACUCAUUCCCUUUCAUCGCACACGCUAGUUCGGCUCACCAAUUCACAGUAUCCACCUUUUCUCCGUCCAUCCGGCUUUUCAAAUCCCUUUUAGAAUAUGAAGAAUUCGAUGAAGAACUCGAGGACGUAAAGGAAGAAUUCCAAGAAGAACAGGAAGAGGAAGGGAUGGAGGUUGAAGCCGAACUGGAGGAAGAGGUGGCGACCUACAAAUUGAUGGAAGACCUCGAGGGUAAACCCGAGGACGCGACGAUGGUUCUUAACGACAUAAUAAUGAAAUACGCGACAAGGGACUUCGCCACACAGGGCGAUCUAUUCGUGACAGUCUGGAAACUGGCGAGGAAACGGCUCCUCAGGGAUUGGAUCAAAAACAAGAACGACUACGAGGUCUUGAGGCAACAGGCCAACGCCCAAAAGGAAGUCCUCCAUUCAAGGAAGCAUCGCUGGUGUGAGAAAAAUAUCAUACUACGCAAAACGAAGGAAGGCGAAGUCAGAAUUCCGUUGAAAAAAGGAAACAAAUCAGUUACAUUAGAAGCAGAAGUUUUUUCGACAAAGCCAGGAGCGAGCAGCCAAAAAGAUUAACGUUGCUAAGUAAAUCUUUUCUGACUACUACUACUUAGACUUAUAUAACAUAAUAUAAUAAACAUAUUUAAUAAGUGAGA